AUGUCUCCUGGCAGAGAUAGGGACGGUAUCCAUUGGACCGUGGCUUCAACAUUCAUCAUCGGGACGAUGGUCGGCGCCGGACUCGUCGUUUUGCCACACGCAUUGGCGCAAUCAGGGUUGAUCACCGGGUUGAUCGUGCUACUUGGAGGCGCGUUAUUGUCAGCAUAUACUGGGAUCUUGCUGGGCCAGAAUUGGCUGCUCAUCGAGAAGCGCCGUACUUUUGGUCAGCAAGGGCUUCAGGAUCCCUAUCCCCAGAUGGCAGCCAUCGCACUGGGACGAAACGCAGGGAUUUUCGUCCGCAUUUUGCUAUGUGUCUCCCAGUUCGGCGUCACCACCGUGUUUCUCAUCUUGGCCGCCAAGAAUAUUUCUAGCUUGCUUCGGCUGGCAGCUGUCGAUCUCGAUUUUUGCAUAAUUCUACCGGCCAUCUCGAUGGUUUUGCUGCCGGUCGUGAUGCUGGAGAGCCCGAAGGAUUUCUGGCAAGCGGCCGUUUGCGCGGCACUGUGCACGCUCGCCGCCAUCGUGCUGAUCUUUCUGGGGGCUAGUUGGGAUCGGCCGACUUGCUGGGAUGUUGCUCAAUAUGAUGCGCCGGAAAUGGGGGGCAUCUUCCUCUCGCUGGGCACGGCCCUUUUCGCCUUCGGCUGCCACUCCUUAAUUGUUGCCAUGUACGUGCCAGUAUCGGUGUACUCGUAUCUCGUCUACGGUAACUCCUUGUCGGACGACGCUUCGAAAUCGAUCCAAACCGAGUGGGUACGGCACGGGGUUACGAUUCUGAUCACGUUGCACGUCACGUCAGCCCUGGUGAUCGUCAUUUCUCCCGUAUUCCAUUCGUUUGAGAAGCUGUUCCGAGUACCCAAUCGCCUCGGCUGUCAGCGGAUAGCCGUGCGGUCGAUGAUUUGGAUCGCGGUGCUGUUCGUAGCUCUGAGCAUACCAAAAUUUGGAGUUUUCCUUGAUUUGGUAGGCGGCUCGACGAUAGCCCUGUUAUCAAUCGUCCUCCCCGCCCUGUUCAACAUGUACUUGAGAGCGGCCCACCAGAAGCAGAAGAUCAGCCAGUUCGGCGUGUACUCGCUGGCCACGUGGAAAGAUGUGCUUACACAUACACCGAAGGUGCAGCUUCUUCUCAAUUUGUUCUGUAUCGUAUUGGGUGCGGUCAGCGGGCUUGCAGCCACCUAUUCGGCUGCGCAGUCGAUUUUUCUCGACAGAUGUCGCAACCCCGUGCUACUUGCGGCCAUUUAUACACACCCUGGAUCGACCAAUCGUCCCACCAACCGUCGGGGAUGCCUUUUGCUGUGGGGGAAACUUGUCGACAAGGACGCCAUCUUUCGAAGGAAUCUGUACAAAAUCCGGAUAAAAUUCUUUAUUCAUCUUCAUUCAUUUGCCAUCUAU